AUGCUCAACGAACGUCCUCCGUUCUACCAGCCCAACCUGUCGCGCGGAUCAGGACUGCGCCUGUUGCGCGCUGAAUGUCCGAAGCGCAAACUCAAUCCCAUUGUACAUCUGAACUAUCCCUCGCCACCCAUGUCAAUCCCGCCAUUGUCGCCGAAGACUCCUCUGGAUCAUUCUGCUUCACCAUCUCGACAGCCUCCUGUCGCUGCUGCGGCAACAGCUGACCGAGCCACUACUACUACUUCUACUACUUCUACUACCCUUCCCAUGCCCACAGCUACCGCAACCAGUGUUGCAUAUAGCCCGUCAAAUUAUGCCUCGAGAGCGCAGGACCUCUUUACGCACCCAUAUCAUCCCACAACACCGAGCCACCCUUCGCGAUCCUUUCACACAUUCAGCACCCGGCAGCCGCCGCCCAUUUCGGGCCCUUCAUCAACGGCUGUAUCGGAGUCGUCGUCGACGAGACCAGGUCCAAGUCCCAAGGGAGGACGCAAGCCGAAAGCACAUGUCGCCUCAGCAUGUAUUAACUGCAAACGUGCGCAUCUCAGCUGCGAUAUCAAUCGACCGUGCGCACGAUGCGUGUCGUCGGGGAAACAGGAUUCCUGCUUCGACGUUCAGCACAAGAAACGCGGACGACCGAGGCUUCGAGAAGAUGGUGACUUUAGAGGGGAGCGCAUGGUCCCCGAGCGUACAUCUGCUGCACCUGCUGCAUCUGUAGUGCCGCCGACGGAAGGAGCUCCAUCAUCCAGAUCAAUGGCUGUCCCGCGACCUCGACGAGCAGAAUCGUUCCGCUCGCUUCGUUCGCAAGAUAGCGACGUGCCUCGACAACUCGGACCUCCCACAUACCCAUACGAUCCGCUACGUACAGCUGCUACCACUUACAUGCCGGCGGAAUAUCCACGACCGGCAUCAGAUUCGGAUGUGCCGACUGCCUAUCUUGAUCUGGAUCUCAUCAUCAUCAAGGCCAAUUCGUCGUUCUGUCACAUGAUGCAGACCCACGAGCUGGAUCAUGCUGGGCGGCAGCUCAGUGAGAUUGCGGUGCCCGUCGACGGAGUAAGCUUUGCAUCCAUACGAGCAUUACUGAGGGCCGAGCGCGAUCAUCAGGCUCCUGCAUAUAUGCCACCCAUCGUGCAAGCGGGCCAGGACUUUCUGGAGGGAGUUUCACUGAAUGAUGUCGACCGAUGUGUCCUGGGCCACGAAGAUCACACGUAUACGUGGCGACCGUCGUCAGCCGGGGGUUCUUCGCCAGUCUUUCCCGCACGCGUGAGGUUAGCGAAGGCGAACGCGUAUUUUGUCGCGGUAACCCUGCCAAGCCCUCAGCCUGCCUUCUCACACGGAUUACACACGAAUCCAUUGCGACCUCACGCGCACUUCAUGUCUCCUCCAUUGCAUCCGGAUUUGCACCCUCCCGAGCAGUAUACAUAUUCGCGAUAUCAACCGAGUCAAUCGGCGCCCGCUGGAAGGUACAUGCCGCAUCCUACAACGGGACCGUUACCGGCUCCACAUCGGACGCCUGGUCAUCAGCCCACGCGUUCUUACCCGCCUCCCCAGCCACACGUACCGUAUCAACAACAGAUUGAACGGCAGCCGCCGCCGGUGGAACGCUUCUCACAAUCGAUCCGUCCGCAGACAUCAUCCGGUAUGCCAGCAUCCGUCAUGGUACCCCGACUUCCUCCCGCCGAGCCACCGACAGCAACCACCGUCUUCAAUCCAAGAUCAGCGCCGCAAGAAUCACAUCCUAGCCAUACUUAUAUACAGCCGACUGGAGUCCAAUUACCGCCGAUGCUAGGCGCUGCACCCUAUCCAGCCGGGCUACAUGCUCACAGCAUUGGAGCGACGUCUGCUGAUGCCACUUCGAGUGCCCGACCCCCCGACAUCACAAAGUCCACGGAAGCAUCUCCAGACGAGGGCGAGAGUGCAACCAGAACACCACGAAAACGCCGGAAACUAGACCUGGGCGAUGUCUUGCAUCAGGACUGA